AGGUUACAACCCACUCUUUUCUCUUUGCUCCGUGGCAUUCUGUAACACAACCUACCUACCGACUGCUGCUAGUUUAACACAAAAUGCGACAGCUGUAAUGAGGGACAGGGAUGGACAAAGCCGGGAUUAGGUUUAAACGGAAUCUUUGAAGUGAAGAAGUCGGAUAAAUGUUCAAAAGAAACUUACUGACUGAAGGAAACUAUAGAUAGCAGCUGAUCGUUUUGUGGAUUUACACAGGAGCUAUGUGUGGAAAUACUGAUGCAUUGGAGCCAAAGAACAAGAUCUCUUUAUUCCAAAAUGACCUACCCACCCAUGUCUCUAAGAUGAUGUACAGAAACCUGUUUUAAGUAAUGUGAGCAGUCCGGGGCGAAGGGAAUGCAGGCUCGUCAGCUAUAGCUUUUAUGAGAACGUGAUGCCCAGGCGGGGGUUGCCACUUCAGGGUCGGGUCCGCUGGCUCUUCCUGGGUCUUUUUCUGCUGCUGGUGUUGCUGCUGUUUGCAUACCUUCUGGAGUGCACUCCACCAGCAGACGUCAGCCUGAUCUUACCAGGCCCUGUAGGGGAGCCCUAUGGCAAAGAAUACUACCAGGCCCUGCUCCAGGAACAGGAGGAGCGCCACCUGAACCGUGCUGCCAGUCUGAAGCGGCAAAUUGCCCAGCUUAAGCAGGAAUUACAGGAAAUGAGUGAGAAGUUGAAAGUUCUCCAAGAGAAAAAAGAGCUUCCAGGAGUUCCGGGUCUGGCCGAUAAAGACCAAGAGCCCGGAGAUUUGCUGGAGUACUUGCAUUCUCAGAUCGACAAGGCUGAGGUCAACACUGGAGCUCGCCUUCCAAGCGAGUAUGCCUUGGUGCCGUUUGAGAGUUUUACUUCUUCCAAGGUGUACCAGCUGGAAAUGGGGCUAACGCGGCACCCAGAGGAGAAACCAGUCCGCAAGGACCGCAGGGAUGAGCUGGUGGAGGUCAUUGAGGCCGCACUAGACAUCAUCAACAACCCCGACGAGGAGGAUGGUGUGGAGGAUGAUGUGCCGAUGCAGAGGCAAACCUACACAGAUGGUCACUUUACUGAAGGGCUGUACCGGACAGAGCGAGACAAAGGGACACUUUACGAGCUCUUCUUUGCCAAAGAGGAUUCCAGCAGUUUCCGCCACGUCACACUCUUCAGGCCUUUUGGGCCCUUAAUGAAAGUCAGGAGCACAUCUGUGGAAACAUCAGGAAUGAUUAUUAACAUCAUUGUGCCACUAGCGGGCAGAGCAGAAACUUUCUCACAGUUCUUGCAAAACUUCAGGGAGGUGUGCAUACAGCAUGACAGAAGGGUACAUCUCACGGUGGUUUAUUUUGGGCAGGAAGGUCUACAGGAGGUGACGUCAUCUCUGGAAAAAAUGUCGAGGGAGGAGAGCUUCUCUAACUACACUCUCAUCCCAGUGGACGAGGAGUUUUCCCGAGGUCGAGGUUUGGAUAUCGGAGCUCAUGCAUGGAAGAAAGGCGACGUCUUAAUGUUUUUUUGUGAUGUGGACAUUCAUUUUACACUCGAGUUCCUUAACACCUGUCGUCUCCACGCUGCUCCAAACAAGAAAGUCUUCUAUCCUGUCGUGUUUAGUUUGUACAAUCCUGCCAUUGUCUACGGAAAUUUGGAGCUGGCUCCACCUGUUGAACUCCAGCUGAUUCAUAAAAAGGAUGCUGGAUUCUGGAGAGACUUUGGAUUUGGAAUGACAUGCCAGUAUCGCUCCGACUUUCUAAAUAUCGGUGGUUUUGAUCUUGAAGUCAAAGGUUGGGGGGUGGAAGACGUCCACUUGUACAGGAAGUAUCUGCGGAGUGACGUGAUAGUGAUCCGCACGCCUGUGUCGGGUCUGUUCCACCUGUGGCACGAGAAGCAGUGCGCGGACGAGCUGACGCCGGAGCAGUACCGCAUGUGCAUCCAGUCCAAAGCGAUGAACGAGGCCUCCCACUCUCACCUGGGGAUGCUGGUUUUCCGCGAGGAGAUCGAGGCUCACCUACGCAAGCAGGCCUUCAAGACACAGAGCAAAACAGAGGACUGAGCGAGCCUCUGCGUACCCAGCAUCAUUUCUACAUUAAGACUGCAUGGUGCUGAUAUCAUUAAGGCACUACAGCAAAGACAUGUUUACACGGAUCCUUCUGCAUUUCACCGCACAGCUGUAGACAAAUGAAUGUACAAAAAUGAACAUUAGUCAAUGUGAAAUUUCACAACGUGGCAACAAGUGUUACUGAAGAGCUGACGCAUAAUUAGCAAUACUUAACUUGCUGAGGGAAGAACAACAGGUACGUAUCUCGUGGAUUUAGGUUGACAAUAUGUUACAUGAAAUCAAAUCAAUAGGCAUGCGCUUUCUAACUUUGAACUCAACAACUUCUCAUUAAGCCAUCCUGCCUGCUUCAAACACAGCACCUGACCUGCAGCCAGCCUCUUUAGCACCUUUUACAGCCAAAUAUGACUUCAGAAAGAUUUCAGCUCAUUGCGAUGAUUUCUGGCAGCUGUUGCGUGUUUGGACAGGCUUUUUAAGUCAAACUAAAGACACAUUAAAGGAUAACAAGUUGCAUAAUUUAUUGACAACUGUAAAGACGUUGCACUUUCUCAUAGUGAACAAAAGAAGCCAAAAGUUUCAGCUGAUCCUCAAACACUUUAUAAUCUUUCACUCAGUAUUUUGGCAGUAGUAUAUGGAGCCAUAAUAUUCUGUUGCUAUUAGAAGUUCUGUGAGAGGGGCAGUAUGGUUUUUUUUUUUUUUUUAAAAAAAGGGAACUUGUGUUUUGUGACAGUGAGUCGCUGUUAUCAUUCAUUUAUUGCCGAUUGUUUCCAAGUAAAGAGUUCACCUGAAAAGCAUGUUGAUCAAAUGGUUCAAGGACUUGAGCAGAGAUCUGCUUACUGCAUGCAACGCUACAAUAUCAGGUGUAUGUGGACCAGUAUUAUUGUAUAGAUAACAACGAGCGUCGUUCCCAGCACUACGAUUCCCACUUCUUGACUGGGAUUGAAUGUUACAGUCCUGCUUGUAAAUAUUUUUCUAAUAUUCCAUUGUUUCAUACAUGUGAGUUAAAUAUGUGCCUACAUGCAGACAGUACUAUGAGCUGUAUUCACAGCUGCUGGUUUUUAUUCCACAUAAUGUUACAGCUGAACAGUUCACAGGUUAGAGGGGUAAUUUUAAUGAGGACAGCUGUCUAAAGAUUACAUAGUGCAGGCAAGAAGUGCUUUUUCUCCCUCACAGAGGAAGCAGGUCUCAUCUGGUACUGUAAUUAUUUUAUUAUUAAUGUUUUUGCAAAUAUUCCAGCUUUCUGUAGAUAGUUUUCGAGUUUCUCCUUCCCCUGCAGGAGAAAACAUCAGCAGUAUACAAUCCAAACGAAACACUUGAGCAAGGUGAUGAUUUAUUUUGAGUCUUGCCAUGAAAUAAAACGUACAGAAGGCUG